AUGACAACCACCGCACCAACCCAACCCCCCUCAAUGGCCACAGCAACACCCGCCCGCGCCUCCACACUGUUGGCAAACAUCACAGCAGUCAGCGCGCGAAUCAGCACAGCCACCCUCCAAUCCCCCAACCCCUCCAAACCCGUCCGUCUAGUGGCAGUAUCCAAACUCAAGCCCGCCUCCGACGCGCUCGCCCUGCACCAACCGCCAGCAUCGCAACAACACUUUGGCGAAAACUACCUACAAGAACUGCUCGAGAAAUCCCGCCUGCUCCCGCCAACCAUCAAAUGGCACUUCAUCGGCGGGCUGCAGAGUAACAAAUGCGUCACGCUGGCGCGUGACGUGCGCGGCCUGUGGGCUCGGAGCGCCGAGACGGCAGCGACGAACCACGACGACGGGAAGCUGCGCGUCUAUGUGCAGGUUAAUACUUCGGGCGAGACGAAUAAGGCUGGUGUUGAGCCCGAUGCUGCUGUUGGGCUUUGUCGGUAUGUGCGGGAGCAGUGUCCGAGACUGAAGUUGCAGGGUGUUAUGACUAUUGGGGCUAUUGCGAGGUCGAAGGCUACGACGCCGGAGAAUGAAAAUGAGGAUUUUAUUUGUUUGAGGGAGACAAGGGAUAGGGUUGUGAGGGAGUUGGGGUUGGUCGGGGAGGAGGAGUUGGAACUUAGUAUGGGGAUGAGCUCGGAUUUUGAGGGCGCUAUUGCUCUUGGUAGUGAUCAGGUUCGGGUUGGGACUACUAUCUUUGGGGAUCGGCCGCCUAAGGCGGAGGCGAGUGUUGUUUAA